UUGUACACUAUCUCUGAUCUAAUACAUAUGCAAUGAGCAAAUAUUGAAUAAAACAAAAAACUUCUUUGUCCACCGCUUCAAAACAAGUACGGCUUUCUACAGAAAUAUUAUAUAUUAAAGUCAUAAGGUGCUCAAAUAAAAGUUUAAACUUAUUGAGAUUUAUGUUUAAAAUUGUAAUAUAAGUUGUUUAAAUUAAUUUGUGAGAUUUUAAUCGAAUGAGAGAUUAGUUAUGUUAAAAGAAGUAAAGUCAGCCGUUCAGUUCCUAACCAAAAUUUUAUCAUGGAAUCAUCGUGUACCAAACACAAAAUUAGAGACCUUUUCUAAUUCUCUAGAAAAACUUUUGCAAACAAAAUACGAAAGACACUGGCAUCCUGAAAAACCAUUUCAAGGUUCUGCGUUUAGAUGUAUUCGUAUAAAUGCAAAGUUUAUUGAUCCAAGCAUAAUAAAAGCGGCAGAUAUGAGUGGGUUAACUCAAACUGAUCUUGAAAAAAUGCUACCUAAAGAAUUUACAAUAUGGAUAGAUCCCCAUGACGUUUCAUACAGAAUUGGAGAAGAUGGUUCAAUUUGUGAUAUACCUUUACACGAUACUUCUUUAAUAACCCCAAAUACUGAGUCGUCGUUUAGUUUUGCAAACCAACAUUGUCACUCAGAAGUACCACGCUCUAACAUAAUUGAGUCAACGUCAGUUUCUACUUUUGCUCCAUGUUGAUAAAUAUUUUUUCAUGGGUUGUAUAUUUUAUUAUUUGAAUUUUCUCAGAUAUCUUGAAUAUUAUUAGCUUAAUAGAAAUUUUGUCAAAUUUUUAUUAUAGUUCACGUUUGCAUUUUUUUAAAGCACUUGUAUUGGCAAUAAUUAAA